AUUCAGUCUUUAAUUUUCUUCGGAGUUGUGUUAACGUGUUUUAAUAUUCUCUGCGUCAAAAAAAGAAUUAAAUAAAAAAUUAUUCUAUUUAUACUUAUGAAGAACUCUUCAAUUAAAUUACAAACAUUGUAUUCUUAGAUAUUGCAAUAUAUCAUUAAAAAAGAAACGAACACGAAUGUGGAUUACGCGCCGUAAAGCUAGAGUUGGAAAAAGGUUUGCAAUACGAAUUCUACGUAUUCCUGUGCAAAGAAUUCAAAACGCAGAAAAAUCGAAGAAAACAGCAAGAAAGCAGCUUUAAAACGUAGUGCAAACAAAUUUGGAAAUGAAGUGAAAAUAAAAAGAAGCGAAGCAAAUAAAUAGUGUGAAACAGCAAAAUAGAAGCUGUCGAAGUAGAAAAGAAAAAGUGCAUUUGCUAUCUCAUUGCAGUUUUGUGCUAUCGUGCACACCGUCCGUUCAGUGAUUUCUCAAUACCUACGUAGUAAAUUGCAGUAAUUCCGUGCUUAAUAAAAAUAAUUCAAAAUUAAUUUCCGGCGCAUUAAAAUAUUUUCAAAGCUGGAUUAUAAUAAAUCCGACGAUAUUGGAUCUCUACAGGAAAAUAAUUCUGGAGUGACCAACAAAAUGGUGAAACGCACCGACGGCACAGAAUCUCCCAUAUUAGCCGAAGCCGAUGCUGAUGGUCAUGACAAACCGCGAGUGCGAUAUGGUGAACUUGUUAUACUGGGUUACAAUGGUUAUUUACCGCAAGGUGAUCGCGGUCGUAGACGUUCAAAAUUCGUACUUUACAAACGUACAGAGCCGAACGGUGUGAAACGUUCCAAACACUAUAUCGUCCAAUCGCCACAGACAUCGAAAGCUAUAUUAGAUGCCAAUCAACACUCAAUAUCUUACACACUGUCACGCAAUCAAGCUGUCAUCGUGGAAUACAAAGAAGACACGGAAACGGAUAUGUUUCAGGUUGGCCGCUCAUCGGAGUCCCCCAUAGAUUUUGUUGUUAUGGACACAUUGCCCGGCGAUAAAAAAGAUGCUAAAGUCAUGCAAAGUACAAUAUCGCGUUUCGCAUGUCGAAUACUGGUGAAUCGCUGUGAGGCAUCCAAAGCGCGAAUAUUCGCCGCGGGCUUCGACUCCAGCAGAAAUAUAUUCUUGGGCGAGAAGGCCACCAAAUGGCAGGAUAAUGUCGAAAUCGACGGUCUCACCACAAACGGUGUGCUCAUAAUGCAUCCAAAGGGUCAGUUUUGCGGCGGCAAUGCCAAGUGUGGACUCUGGCGCGAAUGCUCGGUUGGUGGCGAUGUGUUCAGUCUGCGCGAAUCGAGAUCGGCACAGCAAAAGGGACAGCCGAUUUACGAUGAAUCCAAUGUGCUGCAAGAUGGCACACUGAUCGAUCUGUGCGGUGCCACGCUGCUUUGGCGCUCAGCCGAAGGCCUACAACAUUCACCGACCAAACGCGAUUUAGAAAAGCUAAUUGAUGAAAUCAAUGCUGGACGUCCGCAAUGUCCGGUCGGUUUGAAUACCUUAGUUAUACCUAGAAAAGUGAAUAUUGGUGAUCAAGUGAAUCAGCCGUAUGUGUACUUAAAUUGUGGACAUGUUCAGGGUCAUCACGAUUGGGGCCAGGAUAAGAGUACUGGCGCUCGUCGCUGUCCCAUGUGCCUCGAAGUUGGUCCGGUCGUUACGCUUUGUAUGGGUUUAGAACCGGCUUUUUAUGUUGAUGUCGGUGCACCCACGUUCGCUUUUAAUCCAUGUGGUCACAUGGCGACUGAGAAGACAGUCAAGUACUGGGCCAAUGUUGACAUACCACAUGGCACGAAUGGCUUUCAAGCGGUAUGUCCCUUCUGUGCGACGCCACUUGAUGGUUCAUCUGGCUACAUUAAGUUGAUUUUCCAAGAUAAUUUAGAUUAAAUUACAUAAUUAUUAUGUUUAAAUGUAAGCAAAACGAAUGUGCAAACUGGCAAUGUUGCAGUUUAUCAGCCCUUUUAUAUGCAUUGGUAUAUAUUAUAUUAUAGUGUAUAUAUAGCUGUAUGUAUACACAUGUAAUUACAAAAGUUGUACGCCGAGGCGCAGCUUUUUGUUAAAUUUCGCGAAAGUGAAGUGAGUUGCGUAGUGUAAAAUGCUACUAUUGUAAUAAUUAUACCAUUUUUUUUUAAUUUAUAUAUAUAUAUAGAGAUUUUCCCCCUCUCCCCCACUAUCACAAAGAAAGCAUUGGCUGAUAAGCUUUAUAAUUUAUUUGCCAUAAGCGGGCAUAACAAUUACACAAAAAUUUAUUUCAAAUAUAAACUAAAAGAAAUUUAUAUACAAACACAAAUACAUACAUACAUAAACGCAUGGCACUGAAGAGAGAUUUCUAUAUGUCUCUCUCUCUCUCUAGAAAGAAAGUGAGAAAGAAAGCGAGAAAGUAUUACAAAUUUAAAGGAAAGUAAAUUUAUAAAUGAACUUAUAUAUAAAGUGUAUACUAUGUUUUGUAUGUAAGUGUGUUGGCCGUGGCCGUGUGCAGCUGCAACGUUAGGCAUUCACAAGCAAUGCUAUAAGUAGUAAUACAUUGUAAUGAAUUGUAAAAAAAAAAAUGUCGUGAAUUUAAGUUAUGUGAAAUCUAUAAUAAAAAUUAAAACAAAAAAACGUAAAUGAUUAACGGUAAAUUGUACGAUUUAAGGCGAACACAAACAUGGAAGAAAUGCAGUUGAUUGGCAAUACAUAGAGACACGCAUACAUACACUGAUACAUAUAUACAUUUAACAAUUUAGAGCUUAAUGUAUAAGAGACCAAUAGUAGAACUACAACGUAAAGCUGUAAGACACUCGCUGGAGUGUUGCUUACGAAGUGAUUAUGUACAGUUUAUCAGCGUAAAUAAUAUACAAAUAGGCGUUGCAGUGAUAGCUACAUUUAUGGAAAUUCUGUUUAUUUUUUUUUAUGCAAAACUCUCGCGGC